AUGUUCAAGUCCCCCAGUCUCUAUCCCAAAUCACCUGCAUUCAUUCCGUUUGGCGCCAACGAUGACGAGCUGGAGAAGCGGAAGAUUAGGGAGGAGCGUCAGGCAGCUCAGCGUGCCAUUGUCACGGACCCCCUUUUCACGAAAACUUCUGGUCAAUUCGAUGAGGGCGGUGCAAGCGGCUUGCUCCUGUACAAUCUCCCCGUGUUCAACGGGUGCGAGAUCAUGUUCGAUUCGGAGGCCAUCAUCGUCGACCCUUCACGCACGCAGCCGGAGGAGCAGGGGAAGGAAUACGUGGAUAUCUCCUUUGCAUCUCGCGAAGUGGAGCUCCUAUUGAGCGCGGAUGACCCUGAGAGCUGGGAGAUCACUCCGUCCAUCUCUGCUCUCUACGAGCUGGCUGAAGAUAACCGCUGGAAGGCAGCUGUUGGUGCCUGUGCCAAGGACUCCUCUCAUGACAUGGAUGGGAAUGCCGUUAGGAGCGCAGAGGGAUUUAAAGCGUUUGAUGUGGGAGAUGAACCAGUGGGUGGGGUGGGGGGAGGGUUUCCGUUUGGUGAUGAUAAUGACGAUGGAUCUGUGGUCGAUUUUGGUGGUGGGGAUGACGGGUGGAAUGAUGAUAGGUGUGGGUUCGCUGGCCCGCCGUUUGCUGGUGAUGGUACUCCUGGGAUGAUCCCAGCUGGGGAUUCUGAUGGGGAGAACGGAUAUUCGGAUGUUGAUGAUGGAAUGGACGCUGCGGAUUGGCUGGCAGCUGGCAUGGGCAUGACGAGGCUCAAGGGGAGCAACGCGUGGGCUGGCCCUAAGCACUGGCACUUUGUUAAGUCCAAGGAGGAGGUACCUGCAGCAGCUCCAGAGGCGAAGGGGAGGAAGAAAAGGACAGCAAAGUCGGAGCUUAUUGACUUCUCGGACCCUCAAAUCGACGAGUCCUUGUUUCAGGCCCCUAAAGCGCUGAAGGAAAUUCAGCUGACGAAGGCUGGUCGCAAGGUGGUCAAUACCUUGCUUCCGAAGGACUACCAUUAUGAUGGACGCAAGUUGGCUACGGUUUUUAUAAGCUCGGAUUGGAGCUUCUUGGCUCGGAAGGCCAGGGGGCGUGGUGGCGCGAAGCAGGGGUUUGAGGAUGGAGGAGGUGGAGAUGGGUUUGCAGCAGUUGACGGUGGUGACGAUGGGUUUGGGAAUGACUGGGGAGGGGAUGAGUGUGCUGAUCCGUUUGACUAUGGGGAUGAUUUUGAUGGGCAAGGGGAUUCUGCAGAGGUCAAACCAGCAGAUGAUUUCAUGGAGGAUCUGGUUCCAAUGCCAAAGAAGGCACAAAAGAUUGAUGUCAACUAUGCGAGACAGUCAAAGCAGGUGGAUGUGAAGAUUCUGAAAGACACGAUCUGGGUGGAGCUACAACGUCACCAUGGCUAUGAGAAGGAGGAGCAGCAGGACGAAGGGGAAUUUUCCUCAGGCCCGAUCAGCUUUGAUCGAGUGCUGCAUAAUUUCCCGGCCAACUGCAGAGCAGCUGCGCUGAGCGACAUUUCAGUGCAUCUUCUUUUUUUCUUCUUUUUCUUUGUCAUUUAUUCAAAACUAAUCGCCUUACAUUCCUACUCCGACCUCCUUCCCCUCCUCCCCUCCUUCCCUGUCCCUCUUCCCCCCUCCCCCCACUUCCCCCCUUCCCCCCUCCCUUCCUCUCUUUCCGCCACAGCUGCGGCCAGAGCUCCCCCGGACCUCCCCGCGCGCUCCUCCCCCUGGGGCAUCUUCUCCCUCUUCUCCUCCCCCGCAUCUCCGCCAACGCCCCUAUCUGGGCAAGGGCCCAGGUCCGCGGGAGCUCCCCUUGGGUCAGCAGCUGGGGGAGCUCCCCGCCCCCCCCUGCUGUACCGCAUGCGAGGAGCGUUCAGUUUCCUGCUCGCGCUCAACCUCGUGCUGGGAGGUACGUUCUGGGCGUUUCCCUUCCCCCUCCUUCCCCGUUCCCUUUCCCCCGUCCCCCUACCCCCACACGCCCCCCCCUGCUGUACUGCCAUGCGCGGGGCGUUUGGGUUCCUGCUCGCGCUCAACCUCGUGCUGGGAGGUACGUGGUGGGUUGGGUACCCCCUUCCCCCUUUCUCCCCCUUAUCCACCUCCCGCUCGGCCUUUCUUGCUGUACCGCAUGCGGGGAGCGUUCAGUUUCCUGCUCGCCCUCAACCUCGUGCUGGGAGGUACGUGCCCCUUCUCCUUCCCCCUUUCACCCUUAAAUCCCUCCUUCUGGGUUGUCUGCAGUUCCCCGCCCCCUCCCCGCCCUCUGCUGUACCGCAUGCGGGGGGCGUUCAGUUUCCUGCUCGCCCUCAACCUCGUGCUGGGAGGUACGUGUUUUGGUUGGUUCCCCCUUCCCUUCCUCCCCUCUCCCUAUUCCCUUUCUCCUCCCCUUGUACCUUUCCUGACUUCCUUGCUGCCGCCUGCCUGGGGGGGGGUAUGUUUUCAUGCCGGAUGCAAGGGGGAGGCACGUCCCCAUGCCUUCCCCUCUCUCUCUCUCCCUCCGUCCUUAUCCAUCUCCUGGCCCUUCCUACACCAGGCUACAUGCUGUUUAGAGGAAAGGCCUUGCUGAAAGAUGCAGCACGAAUGCCCGACACAGCCGAAUUAGACGCUCUCAUCUGCCCAAUUGUCCCCUCCACAUCCCUUCUCCCUCACUCUUUCUCUCCCUGCCCUUCGUCCACUACCCGCUACACCAGGCUACAUGUUGUUUAG